AUUAAAGUCAGAAAUAAAUUAUUAUCAGGGGUUUUAAAAAUUAAUGUAUGUAAAUGUUUUAUUUACAUCGCAAGAAUAUCAGCAUUGUCAAAAAAAGUCCUAUUUAUAAUUUAUAUCAUGAAAUAUUACAAAGCGAAUAACAAUAAUAUUUAAUUAUGGUAUUACAUUAUGUUGCUUGAGGGAAGCAUGUGCGAAUGGUAAAUAAUUAUCGAUAAUUUAUAUCUUGUGGUCAUAGUUGUAAGUUGAGCAGGGUAUGUGUCCGAUGCUUAUACUCGUGGUUGUCAUAGCGAUGACGCGAUGAAAUGUUUUGACGUGCACAUUUCGACAAUUAUCAAAUGAAACAUCGUGAUGUCGGAUUGCUGUACAGUGUACACUACGAGUAAUCUUUCGAACCGAUUUACACAAUAACAAUAAUCCAAGAAUGAGCGCAACUUUUGGCGGUGACGAUGGUGAUAAUGAAAACAUUGUUAUCUUUGACAUAUCAAAAAAUGAAAGAAAAUUAAAUGAAGACUUCAAAGUACUUCAACGAAAAUUGAAAGCAAAGUGGAAGUUUAUCGAGAAUAAUGAAGUGAUAUCGCAAGAAUCAUUGGCAAACGCCAAGAUCCUAAUGUUGCCAGGACCGCUAAGUAAAUUUACUGAGCUCGAAAUGAACUCCAUUAGAACUUUUUUAAAUUCUGGUGGCAAUGUUCUUGUCACGCUUGGUGAAGGUGGUGAAAAUAAGUCCAAUACAAACAUCAACUUUUUGUUGGAAGAAUUUGGCAUCAUGGUAAAUAAUGACAGUGUAGCCCGUAUGAGUUACAGUCAAACGAUGCAUCCUAAAGAAUCUCUAAUCUCCCAAGGCUUGUCAAAUAAGUCCAUAUUUCUAAAGAAUCAUGAUGAAUACAUCGGUAUGAAAUUUUUGUAUCCUUACGGCGCAACAUUAAACGUAGUGCAACCGUCUGUCGUUGCUUUAUCCAGUGGAUCAAUUGCUAUUCCAAUGAAUAGGCCAAUCUGCGCAUAUCAUUGUAUAAAACACAGUAAUGGCAAGCUGGUUGUAUUAGGUUCAUCUAGAAUGUUGACAGAUACUUAUAUAGAAAAGGAGAGGAAUGAUGCAUUGCGGGAAAUGAUUUUUGACUUUUUUGAGUUAAAUGUCACAGAAACAACGGAUCUUCAUACGGAUGAUAUAGAAUUUUGGGAGUACAACUUUGUACCAGACAUAACGCAACAAGCUGACAAUCCAAAAGUUUGCACGCAAGACUUAGAUAAUAUUGACAUACCUCGCGAAUACACCAAGUUAUUUAAACAUCAUUUUUAUUCUACAAAUUUAAACAUGAUACCGGCUUGCAUAAAAGCGUAUGAGGCUUUAGGAGUAAAACAUGAACCACUUACUUUAAUUCCACCUCAUUUUGAAGCACCUUUACCUCCCACACAAGCUUCGGUAUUUCCUCCGAGCUUCCAAGAAUUACCUCCUCCUGCUUUGGAGCUGUUUGAUCUAGAUGAAGCUUUCAGUUCUGAUUUACUAAAAUUAUCACAGCUUACUAACAAAUAUAUGGCAACAAAGGAGCUAUCAAAUGACAAAGAAUUAGAUCAUUAUAUCAGGGAAUUUGGAAGUAUAAUAAGGAUAAACAAUUCCGACACACACACCGCUAAAGAAGUAUUAAAUUCUGUUUUUCAAAAAAUCUGUAGUUAUAAGGCAAUGCAUGAUUGAAAUUUUUGUAUAGAAAAAUGUAAUUUAUAGCUCGCAUUUUAUAUAG